AUGGAGAGUAACAACGGCACGGAUGGCAGUUUCAAUGCAACCGAUGCAAAUCGAACAUCGGCGUCAGUUUUCACAAUUGGUUCAGAUUUCAUGACAAAAUGGAGAGUGACACGAUUUCAAAAACAACCAAAACAAAUAUGUCGAUAUAUAUCAGAUCAUAUGAGUGCUGAAUGUAUCCAAUUAAAUGGUACUUGGUUAGAUUCCAAUGACUCUCGGUUCAACGGUGAAUACAGUGAACUAUUUCCAGAUUGGUUUUGGAAUAAUAUCACCAACAUCACAAAUUCAUCAUAUACAGACGAAUCACUUGAACCAGAUGAAUACACAUUACCUUUCGAACUCUGGCAGACAGUCUUGAUAGCUAUAUGUCUUGCUGCUUGCAUAGUUUUAACUAUCGGUGGAAACAUCCUCGUGCUGUUAGCUUUUAUUGUCGAUCGAUCAAUAAGGCAACCAAGCAAUUACUUUAUAGCAUCAUUAGCCGCCACUGACAUGCUUAUCGGCACUGUAUCCAUGCCAUUCUACACUGUAUAUGUGCUAAUGGGUUCAUGGGAUCUUGGUCCUCUUCUCUGUGAUUUAUGGCUUUCGGUAGAUUACACUGUUUGUCUGGUGUCUCAGUACACUGUCUUAUUAAUCACAAUAGAUCGAUUUUGCUCAGUCAAGAUUGCUGCCAAGUAUCGGAGUUGGCGUACUAAAAACCGUGUUAUAUGGAUGGUGACAAUUACAUGGAUAAUACCAGCACUACUGUUUUUCAUAAGUAUUUUUGGUUGGGAACACUUUGUUGGUUACAGAAAUCUCAAACCAAAUGAAUGUGCUGUACAAUUUUUAAAAGAUCCUAUAUUUAACACUGCCUUGAUAAUUGGUUACUACUGGACUACUCUUGUAGUCCUGUUUAUUCUUUAUGGUGGUAUAUAUAAAACAGCUUAUGAUAUGCAGAAAAAAAGUGAAGCUAAACAAAGGAAGAUGCAAUCAAUGGUAGCGCUUAGUGCUGGUGCAAUGUCAGGAAUGGCUGGUCGAGCAGCUGGUAUUGGAAUCUCAAAGACGCAAAGCACAAUACUUAGUCAAGACAAACCCAAAGAUCCAAGUGGUGGUACGUCAAGUACAAGUGUUGAUAAUGCUCAAGCUUCUGGUGAGGAUCUCAAGGAUGGCAGUGAAACCACAACCGCACGUAAGCUAUCUGCACAGCAAUCUCAAAACAAAGACUCUGGCAAUAAACAAAAGUCAGGAAUGGUAUCGUCAGAGAUGGAAAAAUCCGAGCGUUCAAGCAGUCCAGCAUUUGACUCAGAUGAUGACAGUGCAGUGGCUGUUACAACAACUAGCCAGCAAUCAGCUGUAAGGAAACGAUCAUCCAUUGCUGGGUUGAUGGUUCAAACAGGCGCUCUUCAUGCAUUUGCUACCAACAACAGACUUAAUGGAAUGGUUCCGAUUAACGUAGAAAUGAAUCCAAUGAUGAGAAGAUUAUCACCGACAUCCCCAUUGCUAGAUCCAGCUUCUAAAGCUCAUACACUGCCGAAGAUUCAAGAGCACAGUAUCGUGGAUGUUGAAAAUACAGUAGAGCAUACAGUUGAACACGAAAAAAGUAGUACGACAUUAACACCUGAGCAAUCAUUAAGAUCUACUGACAUUGAUUUGAGCCAUACCAUUGAGCGUAUUGAAGAAACACCACCAUCCGAAAUAAGGAACAAAAGCUCAUCAUCUGGGCAACCGAGUAUAAUUCCUCCGCCAACACAGUUUCUAGGUAGUCCAUCGAUUUCCGAGAGUACGUCAACUUCAUCGUCUAUCGACAAAACCAAAUCAUUAAUGGCUCACGGACCAGGGACCUACGACAUCAUGACCGGACUGGACGGCGCAGAUUUAAGCCUCGCGAAUCCUCUGUCAACGGCACCAUCAUCUCCUGUCCUCGGGCACACUGGAACAUCAGCAGCCAACACUAGUCUCCUACAAGCGGCGCUCAUCCGGGCAGCUGCUCAGCACCAAUCCGGCACAACCCAAUCACAACCCGUGCACAAUCCUCAAGUAACGCACGCAUCAUCACAAACCCAUCCUCCACGUGUCUUCGUCACUCAUCAGAUCAACGCAUCGUCGCAGACAUCACCUACCGUUGUUAGCAAAGUUAAUACUGAAGUUACCGUUAAAGUUGAAGACAUUAAACGUCAACCAAUUACAACGGUAGUUAACACAUCUGUUGACUCGUCCAAUAAUGGAACAACGACUGAACAAAAAACAAAUAAUCCACAGCAGAUGUCAUCUUCUAGCAGUGCUCUUCCAACAGUUGUCGCGGCAAAUGUUAUUGAUCAAAAUCCAAAACGUCAGUCGAAAAAAAAAGAUAAUGACAAAGAAACAGACACCAAUAGUGGAUCACGACGCGAUUUUGUAAAGUCGAUUGGUCGACGUUUGAAAGCUAAAACACAAAAAAAAGAUCCGACAAUUGGUAGACAAAAGUCACGAACUGAAAAUCGGGCUAGAAAAGCUUUUAGGACUAUUUCAUUUAUUUUAGGUGCUUUUGUUGCUUGUUGGACACCCUAUCAUGUCAUGGCACUAGUUGAGGGUUUUUGUUCUCAUCGCCCCUGUACUAAUGAACAUCUUUAUAUGUUCUCGUAUUUUCUAUGUUAUGCUAAUAGUCCAAUGAAUCCUUUCUGCUAUGCGCUAGCUAAUCAACAAUUUAAAAAAACAUUUACGAGAAUACUCAAAGGCGAUUUUCAUAUGACGUAAAUAAAUAUCAUUAACGUGAUUAUUAUUAUCAAUUAAUAGAUACACAGAUAAAAAGUAUUUCUUGGUGCAAAAGAUUUUUACUUGCCCCAAGAAAAUUUUUACUUGCCCUAAGAAAAUUUUUGCAUUAUAAAUUGAAAACGAUAAUUUUUUUGAGCAUUUGUUUACAAUCACGGCUCCACACAUUUAUCAAAGCUUCAGGUGCUUACACCUUAAAUAUACAUAAAUAGACUUUGCCCGUGUUCAGUUACCUGGCGCAUGAAUUUUUCUUUACCACUAGAUACCUAUUUAGGCCGUGCACCUCAAGUAUAGAAAAUUAAUGAUAAUAACAUGAAAUCUUGCAGAUUUUCAAAAAUACAUUUCCAAUUAUAUAAUUAACAUUUUUAUAUAAUACCAUAAGAUGGGCGGUGGAAUUCUAUAAGUUUAUCUAAAAGCUACAAUGAUAUUGGAGUUCUUGUAAUACUUGAAAAUUGGCAUAUUUCUGUUAUUUUUAUGCUUCUACACUUGGAUGCAAGUAGUUUGGACGGUAUCUACCCUUUCUUUACUGAUGAAUCCGCUAACGUAUUCAGGACUAAGCUACUGUGUAUUAUGGCACAUAGACAUAUAUCUUAAGUUUUGGUGGUUGAUUUAACAGUUAAUGCAUAUAAUAAUGAUAAAAUUAUGUCAAUUAGUGCAGUGUAGCAUGAAACUAAAGAAUAACAAAGGAAACCUCAAAAUUAAGCAUACUUUAUACCUUUGGUAGGGGAUUGGGGCAAAGUGGGCCCCUUGAAAUUUUAAAAACUUCAAAAAAUUCGGGAGAGAAGUGGGACCAUCAAAAUUAUCUAUACGUCAAUA